AUGACCAAUCCUGACCUCCAAGUCUCACCGGCUCAGCCUCAAAACACCCCCCAGAACAUCCCAGACAAAACACUCCAAGACCUAGUCGACCUCCUCGAUGCCGCCUACAAGACAUACCAGGAAUCCCUGCCCCCGACCCGCGCCCUGAACGUCCCUCGGAUCCAGGCUCAGAUCCAGACUCAGGCCCAAACUCAGACCAACGCACCGGGAACCCAGUUCAGCCAGGCCCUCGUGAACAUCAACAUCCUCGACAACGCCCCCGAUAUGGAUAUCUGGAACCAGUGGGUUGCGAGAGCCGUCGCAAACAACGACAUCCGUCUCACUACCAUGUUUAAGCCGGCUUCGGCUGGCAGUAUGCUUCUUGUUGCGAUGCCGUAUGCAGUUUGGUUGAGGCUGCCUCAGGGCGAUCCGAAUUUUACUUUCAUUCAUUCGUUCUCGUGA